UACUAUUGAGAGAGGUGUUGUUUCUACCCGGAGGUUUUACAUGUAGUCCUACGGCAAAGAGGAGGAGGAGGAAGACGUCUACCAUGGCGGAGACGCACAGUUUACAGGAUUUGCGACAUCAAGCGGCUAUCGCCUCCAAGGUGUUCGUCCAAAGAGACUACACCUCGGGCACCAUUUGCAAGUUCCAGACAAAGUUUCCAUCUGAGCUCGAGGCCAGGGUUGAUAAGCAGCAGUUUGAAGAGACCAUCCAGACACUGAACAAUCUGUAUGCGGAGGCAGAGAAGCUAGGCGGCAAGUCCUACCUGGAGGGCUGUCUGGCCUGCCUCACGGCUUACACCAUUUUCCUUUGCAUGGAGACCCAUUAUGAGAAGGUGCUGAAGAAGAUAGCCAAGUACAUCCAGGAACAAAAUGAGAAGGUCUAUGCACCACUGGGACUGCUCCUGACAGACCCCAUCGAAAGAGGACUCCGGGUUGUGGAAAUCACUAUCUACGAGGACAGAAGCCUUGGUUCCAGAUAAAAACAAAAGAAGACUAAUAAACAUGAAAGUCGCCCCUGGAGUACACCACUUUGGUUGGCCUUUGGACCCUCCAGGCCUGACUCCUGGCUCGUCCUCCACCUCUCUCAGCACAUACUCGAUGGUCCAGACUCGACCCUAUAUCCUCUAUCCUCUAUCCCCUUUCUCUCUCUUGUAUCCUUCUCUCGUGAGGUCUGGACCUUUUCCCUUCAUGCGGGAAGCAUAAACGAUAAUGUAUCCUGGAACUGACUGACUGAAGUACUUUCUUACCACCACCCCCUCGUUUAUGUGUCUCCCUUUAAAGUACACAAUUGUUCUUUUUCUGUUGUUGUUGUUCUUGAUUUGUGAUUUUUUUUUUUUUGUACAAUAUUGUAUUCAAUAAUUUUAACUUUUGAUGUCGCAAAAACUGUUGUUUUGUGCCAUGUUUUACUUCUUUUUUUUUUUUUUUAACAAGUAUUUAGAUAUAGUGUAUCCUGAGCCAAGCCCUCCCAUCCCUUCCCACCCAUCCUUUCCCUGUGUGUGUGUGUGUGUGUGAAUGUGUGUGUACUGGUGGUGCGUGCGUGGAGCAGAGGCUCAGUGGUGAUCACACUCCAUUUUGUUUCUUCGCAGUACAGUUGCAGCCUCCCAGGUGUAAUUGUUAUCUCCUCAAAGUGACUUAAUUCUGGAAAAAAGUACAAACGUGUUCAACGGUCUUAUGUAAAAAUUGCCAGAAUGUGUAAAAUUGUUCUUUAUUAUUAAUAAUAUAUGUCUGUAUGAUUUGUACAAAACUUUGCAGUGUCCUGUCCAGCUCCUUGCUGUGCAUGUGCCUGGUUGUACAGGGAGCACACACAGUAGUAGCUGGUAGCCAUUGUUGUGACUCUUUGAAUGAUGACUCUCAUCUUGAUCAUUCCAUGUUCCAAACAGUUAAUGAGAAUGCCAACAUCAUCAUCACCAUAGUCAUAACCAUAGUUCUGUUUAACCUCUCAUGACACUAUUGUUUUAACAUGCUUGUUUGGCACACUCAGCAUUAAUAUCGUAGGUCGACCUUUGUUGACCCUCGGUGUGAUGUUAUGAUAGGAAUCUUGGUAACACUUUAUUUUAGAGUUCACGUGUUAGCCACAAGUACAUGCGUAAUUACUGGUUGUAUUAAUGAUUUAAAAAAAAAAUUAGGCAAAAUUAAGGGCCUACUAGGUCUUUGUCACAAGUGAUGAUAUCAAUAAUAAAGGCCUUAUUUGCAAAGAGCAAGAAAAUUGGUCAUUAACACAUGUCUUAUAAAUCACAUGGGGACAAUUAGGCAUAUAUUAGAGGCUAACCUGUGGACUGUAAAAAAAAAUGUUACUAAAAUCUUUAACUUGCCCUUUGUCCUUAGUGUGGUCCUUUCCCCAUCACAAAAUGGCGGUCCACAACACAAGAAAAGCACCAUUUAAACCUUAAGGUAUCCAAAGCUUUUAAGAAUCGCUACUUUUCCCCUUUUUUGAUUAUUGUUGUUUUUUCCCCUUCAUUUGUUACUUUAUUUUUUCUCUCUCAAUUGUGUGCUGUAUCAUAGUAGACAUGUCUCAUCUGUUCGCCACGUGAUUAUUUAAACCAUGUAUCUGUAUAAUAAACAGAAUGUUUUCUUGAA